AUGGAGAUAUUCCAGAGGGCCAAAAUCGUCCGCCUGAAAAGCGCCCACGGCAAGUACCUGACGGCCGAGGAGGACGAGGAGUCCGUUACCCUCGACCGUAACGGCUCGUCCUCCAAGGCCCGCUGGGCCGUCGAGUUUGUUGAGUCCUCCGCCGGAGACAUCAUCCGCCUCAAGAGCUGCUACGGGAAGUACCUGACGGCGUCAAACCAGCCCUUUCUGCUGGGGAUGACCGGCCGGAAGGUCCUGCAGACGCUGCCGCCCAAGCGCCUGGACAGCUCCGUCGAGUGGCUGCCCGUCAGGGACGGUGGUGACGGCGGCGCCGUCAAGCUGAAGACGAGGUACGGCCAGUUCCUCAGGGCCAACGGCGGCCCGCCUCCGUGGAGGAACUCGGUGACCCAUGACGUGCCCCACCGGACGGCCACAAGGAAUUGGGUGCUGUGGGAGGUCCACGUUGUUGAGAUCGUGGUGGCUGAGUCGCCGGCGGGUAAGGCGGCGCCGCCGCCACUGCCGCUGGUGGCCGGGAAAGAGGAGGAGGCCCUGGAUUCAGGGGUGGUCCGGGAGGAGCUUUCGGCUAGGCAUUCUUCGCGGCCGGUUAGCUUUUCCAGCCAAGAGUCAAACAACUCCUUGGCCAGUUCACCCCCAAAGGCCCGUGACGGGAGGCUGAUAUAUUUUCACAUAGCCGACGAGAAUGGGAAAAUCGACGAGGGCUUUGAGGAGCUCUGCAUUGUUUUCAAGGGCAAUGAGGUGAGCGAAUUGACUUGGAGGCUAGAAGAGGAGUUGGGAGCCGAAGGCAUUACCGUGUGCGCCAGAAGCCCUUUGAACGGCAAACUGUAUCCCCUCCGUUUGCAGCUUCCUCCUAACAACACCACAAUGCACGUCGUUGUGGUUCCACCCGCUUCACAAGCGAGUCAUGAUUCGGAGAGAACAGAAGUGCCGUUGUAG